AUGACCGAAGUUGCUGAUACUAAAAUAUGCACAUAUAUGUAUUCUGUAUCAUGUUCCAUUAUUGCCGAAGUUCUGAUGAUAUUCGGAUAUAGAAAUAAUGCAUGGCUAGUUCUCUUUAACAAUGAGAACGAAUUACAACGUGGUUUGAAUGAUGACUGCUUAAAAACCGACGAAGCUAUAAAAUGUCAUACUUGGCAGUCAUAUGAAAAUGGUUCGGCGGUUUUGCCACGACCGUUCGCCUUCACGCAUUCACCGAGCGCAGCAAUGUACUUAGCGCUAUACAUCGCCCGAGUUCUUCUCUUUAUGCAAGUUGUAUGGUUCGCCAUAUGCGUUAUCUGUUGCUGCAACCUCAAAGCUGAACAGUUCGCUAAAAAAUAUCAACGACAUCUUAUGUAUCUGUGUGGUUUUGAAGCUCUCCUAUUUGUAAUUUUAUGGAUAGUCGUGAUUAUUGCAUACUAUGUAGAUGGCAUUAUGGAUGUUUUACAAGACGGAUACGAUAGAUCUUUUGGAAGUGGAUUCUGGCUGUUUGUCAUGGGAGGCGCACCGCUCUACCUUCUCAGCGUCUUCUUAGUAUAUCGAGAUGAACUUUCAACUUAUCUCACCAAUCGACGGUCCCAACGGACAGUAGCUCGGCACGAAAUGGGAACGCUUGUAUCUUGA